AUGGCGGGUGCGGGGAGAGCGACGAUGAUGGCGAUGGGGCGAAGAUGGAUGGCAACCAGGUUCCGAAGGAAGGAAGACUUCUACACGAAAGAGGCCAAGGCGAUCGGAGCGAGGAGCCGUGCUUUCUUCAAGCUCGAGCAGAUCAACGAUUCCUACAAGAUCAUCCGUACCGGCAUGUUUGUCGUUGACCUCGGAGCAGCGCCAGGAGGAUGGUCCGUCGCCGCCUCACAGCUGCUCCGGGCGGAUGAGAUCGAGAGCAGGCAAAGGCAGGCCCCGUCAAGCGGAUGUGGGAGGGGAAAGAUCGAGAAGCAAGGGGAGGGUGAUCAGUUGCGACCUGCUGGACAUGGCGGGAGGACAACCUUCAUCAAGGGAGACUUCACCGAUGACCAAGUCAGAGCAAGAAUCUUGCAAGAGUGCAGCGAAGGGGGCGGUGUUGAUGUUGUCCUGAGUGACAUGGCGCCGAACUGCGACGCCCAGAUCGACCACAUGCGCAUCAUCGAGCUUGCAAGACUUGCCCACGAGUUCUCGUUGUCCUGUCUCAAGCCCAACGGGAGUUUUCUCGUCAAGAUUUUCAACGGAAAGGAGAUGCCGGAGUAUCUAGCCGAGGUGAAGAAUACUUUCCAGAACGUUCAGUUCGUCAAGCCACCAGCCUCUCGACCCGUAAGCUCUGAGAUGUACAUAUUGGCAAGGAAGCUAAAGGCCAACUAA